UUCAGAGGUGGUGGCUCUGGGAGGGAGGGAGGAGUACCAUGCUAUCAGUUAUUUGCACAUUUCAAUGAAUUGCGUGUGUGUGCUUGUGUGUGUCUUUGAAAACUCCUAACGCACUGCCUCACGGCAUUUUAUUACAACAUGGCAUAAACAAGAUUUUCCUCAAUAUAUUCUUCAAGAAUGUUUCCAUACCUUCUUGUGAGCGUGCUUCUGGGGUCAUGCUACUGCAGCAAGGAAGGCAGUAUGACAUUGGGACGUCCAGAGUUGUUUGGCCCUUCCGUAGCUUUAUUGAAUGACGUUGACGUCUUUAAUUGUCAUCUGACGAUCUACCCUAAGAAUGAAACUAUCCUACUGGAGUUGUUCAAGGAGGGAAACCGUAACAAGUUGCUGGGGUACUACACUUCCUCGGAUGGGCAAGCUGCGUCCUUCUCCAUUGUAAUCCAAACUUUUCAUGAGGGGAACCUGGAGUGUGUGGCUAGAGCGCAGAACAAUUCUCUAGUGGAGCCCUCUGUCAGCUAUACACACAACCUCAAAGUCAUUGAGCCAGUUGCAGGUGCAAAGGUCAACAUUCAGUCGGGUGCCGCCGAGUUCUUCGAGGGAAGGACACUGGAGCUGAGGUGUACUCUCACAGCAGGAAAUUACGUCUCUUACAAGUGGCGAGUAAAUGGUCAACCCGUCUUACAGUCGCCGCGCCACAAUGUUGCAAAUGACCAGCUUGUCAUCAACAGAACCACCUCUGCAAACAGCGGCUUGUACAUGUGUGUUGCUGCAAACAGCUACAACACAACACGAGUCUUCACAACCAGUAGCUCAGAAGUGGAAAUCACAGUCAAAGAUGUGGUGUCCAACCCUGACAUUUCCUUCAACGUGAUGAAGGAGGAAUCCAACAACUAUUUCGCUGUGGUCACCUGCCAGUCAACCAGAGGGACACUGCCCAUCACUUUUUCUCUCUACAACAGGACAGAAUUGGCUUUCAGUAUGACAGCUGAAGAGAGAAAAGUAAACUUCAAGGUUCCAUUGGUUUUGGACAGACACUUGACACUCCAGUGCCAAGCCAAUAAUAGUGACGAGGUUGCAUACAGUCGGUGGUUGCCCUUACAAGUUGUAAGUGUUGGCGGGCCAGUUGUAAUGCACUAUGACUUCGACAUUGGACAAAACAAUGCUGUAAUUGGUCUGAGGUUCUACUGCAAGGCAACAAAGGGAACUCAUCCACGGUUCCAGUGGUUCCUCAACCAAACUCUUCUCCAAGAUCGAGGAAGCUUUUACUACGUGGUCAAUCAGCCACCAGACCAGUCCAUCCUGUUGCUGUCUGUCGGGAGCAGCAGUGCAGGGACGUACCAUUGUGAAGUGGCUGACAUCUUUGACAACACCACUGCCAUCAGCAGCAAUAAGCAGUACAUAGACAUAAAAGAGCUCAAUGAACUCCCUGUUCCUGUAGUAGCCGUUGUCUUUGGAUGCUUCACUUUAUUGGUUGUCCUUGUAUCUGCUUGUUGUUUUGUUGGAGUGUUGUCCAGGAGAACAAAGAGUGGAGAAGAGUCCCUUGUAAGCCAGAAGAUGGAGACCUUUUCCGCAAAUGAGGAGGAUGAGCUGGAUAUGUCAGAGUACACAGAGGACAAUGAUGUGGUGAGAUCAGCCAGAUGGGAUGACUUAGAUUGGGUAUCAGAAACCUCUGCAGAUGAUGCGCUGUUUAUGGAUGAACCAACUGAUGAGCACUGAGAGAACAACCUCCUGUGUCUUCUCGCCCCCCCCUCUCCUUCUUUUUCACAGCAAAAUGGUCACUUUAAGAGUGUGUUUGUGUUACAGUCAAAAGGAUCCAGGUUUGAAUGGUGGCUCAGGCCUUUCUCUGUGGAGCCCAUAGAUGUGUCUAGCCCACUUUUGAAGCACCCCUAAAGUAAAUCUAAGCACCCCCAAAUUUUGAGACCUCUUAAGCUUUUAUUUACUGUAUGUCUUCUUUGGCAGACUAGAGAAACGUGAUAAAGUACCGUAAUUUUCUGACUAUAAGCCGCUACUUAUUGCACAUGCGGUGCAGAAUAUAAAUACAUUUUUCAUUUCUAUGAUAUUGUAAGAGGUUUUUUUUUUGUAAGACAGAUAAUGGACACUCGCUAAUUGUGCUGUGCCCAUGAACUGAGAAGCAGACAUUGUUAGAUUACUGUGUUGUAGCAUACAAUAGUAUAAACAGAAAAAGGUUGUGUUUGUCAAUUUGUGUUGUGAAACUGGACAUUGCAGUUAAAGCAAAUCCAGUUUUUUAAAAAAAACAUUAAUAGCAUAAAUGCUUGAGCAAGCAUUACCUAGCUUUUAGUUA